CAUUUAGGAGGAAGACCGGGAGGAGGAGGAGGAGGUGGAGGUGGAGGAGGAGGAGGAGGAACUGAGCGCAUCGCCCGAAAAUCCGACCGCCUGGACCGCUUUUCAUUUUCCUCCAGCUUCCCCCCAUCUUUCCCCCAAAACCCCCUGACGAGAGCCGGCGCGGACGGGGAAGAAACAUCGGGGGGUUCUUGUGUGGAAGGAGGAGUGGACCGAGACUCGGAGCGCAGCGAUGACGGGCAAAUCUGUGAAAGACGUUGACAGAUACCAGGCGGUGCUCAACUCUCUGCUGGCGCUGGAGGAGAACAAAUACUGCGCCGACUGCGACUCUAAAGGUCCAAGAUGGGCUUCCUGGAAUUUAGGCAUCUUCAUUUGCAUCCGCUGCGCUGGGAUUCAUCGAAACCUUGGGGUCCACAUCUCAAAGGUCAAGUCUGUCAACUUGGAUCAGUGGACACAGGAGCAGGUCCAGUGCGUUCAAGAGAUGGGAAACGCCAAGGCCAAGCGUCUCUACGAGGCCUUUUUACCUGAAUGCUUCCAGAGGCCUGAGACAGACCAGGCUGCAGAGAUCUUCAUCAGGGACAAGUAUGAGAAAAAGAAGUAUAUGGAUAAGGUUAUUGACAUCCAGAUGCUCAGGAAAGAAAAAAGUUGCGACAACAUCCCGAAGGAGCCUGUUGUGUUUGAGAAAAUGAAACUGAAAAAAGAUGUGAGCCCGAAGACAAACUCCCAGGCCGUCACAGAUCUACUUGGACUCGAUGCACCUACUCCCAGUCCUGCGGUGUCUAAUGGUGGAGGAUGUGUUCCAGACGGUAACGAGAGCCCGGCCGCCUCUAAUCCAGCUCAGGCACAAUCUGCUCUGGAUCUCUUUGGUUCUCUUCCAGUCCCAUCCUCAGUGUCCUCUACGAAAACUACGCCUGCGUCCAGCUCCUUGCCUCAAAGCAGAGUGACCGCCUCAGUGCCUGAAAACCUCAGUUUGUUCAUGGAUCCAAAACCCAAAGCAGAGGAAGGCGCCGUCAAGAAGCUGUCCAAGGACUCCAUACUGUCUCUCUACGCCUCCACGCCUUCGCUGCACGCCAGUGGUAUGGCCACACACGCAGGCUUAUAUAUGAACAGAAUGGGAUUCCCGACACAUCCUUACGGCCCGUUCCAUUCUUUAGCCCAGGUUGGGGGGAUGGGAGGAGCCAUGAUGACGUCACAAAUGGCCAUGAUGGGUCAGCAGCAGAGUGGUUUAAUGGGGGUUCACCAGAACAGCAUGAUCGGAGCCCAGCAGAAUUGCAUGAUGGGGCAGCAGAACGGAUUGAUGGGUGGUCAGGGUGUCAUGGCUCAGCAGAGCGGCGUCGUGUCAACACCUUACAUGACAGGAAUGGGCCAGGGAAUGAUGGGACAGCAGCAGAGUGGAGUGUUGGCUCCGCAGCAGAGUGGGAUGAUGGGACAGCAGCAGGUUGGAGGCAUGGCCCCGUUACCUCACCAGCAAAUGUACGGAGUGCAACAAGGCCAGCAGCUUCAGUGGAACAUGGCUCAGAUGACUCAGCAAGUAGCUGGCAUGAAUCUCUACAGCACCAACGGCAUGGCAGGAUACGGGAGCCAACACACAGGAAGCUCAGCAGCUCCGAGCUCGGCACACAUGACGACCCACGUCUGGAAGUGAUUUUAUACACCUAAAAGCUGAAGGACCAUCUUCAAGAUGAGAGCAACGGACGGAUUGGGAACAACGUGAAACAUUGUGAAACCCAAGACAACAGGAGGAGGAGAAGACGGGCGUCAAGAAGAUUUUGGAAAUUGAUUACUACCUCUUUCUCUCUCUCUCCUCUCUACCUAAGCCUCCUCUCGCUGUCCCAUUCAUAGCCAUGUUCUGCAAAUUUCCAUGUUUGCCUUCAGGACAUUUUGGUACCAAGACAACAGGGUUCGGAGAUCAUUGCUUAGGCAUUCACAUAUUUAUUUGUAUCUAAUCGUUAUCUGAGAAUAUCUCCAUAUCCCCACAUGUGUAUUCAGUAGGUGUGAAGAAGCUGCUUUUGCUUUUGAAAAAAUUCUUUUUUUUUUUUUUUAAUUACCCUGAGGUUGAGCACAGAGAUUUGCCUAUCCUAAAAGUCAAAUUUAUUGAGACAAGACGAAGAAAAUAUUAGGCAUCUUAUGGAAUUUGUUUGUAAUCUAUGCACCGUCAGGGUUUCCUGAUGCAAGCUCAUGCAAAAGGACAGCUGCUGCAUAUCGGCAUGAACCAAAGCAGUGGCUACAAUAGCAAACGGUUUGUUAUCAAUACUAAAACUGAGUGCAGAAUCCAGCUUAAAGUACAUUUUUUACAGGUGUUAGUAAACCGUUAUAAACACAUAAAAUAACAAAAACUGACAAGGCUAAUUUCCCUUCUCCAAUGGCAUUUGAGGAAUCAAAUAAACAGCGAUGUAACAUCCACCGUAUUGUGAAUGGUUAAACAAGCUAAUUCAAGCUAGGCUAAUUUUUCCCAUUCUUGUAGCUAGCAAAAAUAUUCUUAGUCGAGAUUUGUAAACUAUCACAAAUCACUCUGAUGGAAACCCAUGUCCAUUUAAUGUAUGCUUUCUGGCAAGUAGAAGAAUUACUCUACCUGAAAAUCCAUGUAAAAUAAUGAAGCUAAUUUCCUUUUUUUAGCAGUAUGCUAAGGUUUGCUCAAAAUGUGUUUUUAGGUGCAUAAGGCCACGCAAUAUAUUCACGUAACUUCCAGAAUAGCACAGACGACUGAAAAGCUCAUUUCAAUUACAGAAUAUUAUCCAUAGAAGAGAAAUGGAAUAUGUUUUAUAGGAACAGACAGAAAUAAAGCUAAAAUAUGCUAGGCUAAUCCUCCCUUUCCAUUAGGAUACUAAAAUUUUGCUUUUUUUUUCUUUAGUGUGCAGGAUAACAAAUAAAUAAUAAUAUGUCCAAACGGUCACAAAUGACUUUUUGUCAAUAGUGAAAGAAACUGCUGCUAACUGUUUUAUCUGAUCAGCUAAAAGUAACGACAAAACAAACGAUGCUGAUCCUUUUUUAGGAUUAGGAUAUCAAAAUGCGUUUAGGGUUUCUCCUUUUUUUGUGCAUAGGAUCGAAAAAAAAAACAAACAAAAGAAACAGAUUUUCCAAAUGUUUGGCAUAUGUCCUCUCUUAAACAAAUGGCAAGUAAAGAAUAUUAUGAUGUCCAGUUUACCACAAAUUGCCAAAUGUUUUGAGCAAAGUGUCACGUAUAAAGUACAUUCUUCUAAAACUGAGCUGAACCAAGCUUUGUGCCAGUGUGCCGCUAAAAUUCACUCAAUAUAUCUGUUGACAUGCACAAUGCAGUGAAAUAAACAACUAGAAUGUGGUGGCUCGUGGCCACUCAUUUUGAGGAGAAAGUCCUAUUUAAAGUGUAUUUUCUAAUCUCGUUUCCAAUGUCCUUCCGUGACUUAAAGCAGGCUAGGCCAAUUUUUCCUUUUCCAGUAGUAGCCUAUGCUAAAAUGAGCUAUAUUUGAGCAAUUACAUGAUUUCCCAAGAGUUUAAAAUCAUCUGGAUGGCUUUAAUGCUCUUUAUUUCUUUUGCUUCUGUAAAAGGAAUAAAAGAAAAAGAGUCCCAAGUGAAAAUAUAUAUAUUUUUUUGCUAAAAAGAAAAUCCCUUUAAGCAUCUGAGUUCCUAGAGCAAUGUUGUUUUGAAACCUAGAACUGCAACAAAGCCUACCUAAACAUUUCUAUAUGAUGUCGGCUUUUCAAAAUACUGAGGGCUUCAUUUAAAUUAUUAAUAAAGUGUCAAAAAAAAAAAGAAAAAAAGUCCUAUACUGGAUUUUUGCAGACCAAAGAUUAGCACUAGCUUUACUAAAACUGUACAGUAUUUUAUUUUUUUUUUUCUUUUCUCAAAUUGCCACCUAGCUAGUGACUAGUAUGAAAAUGACCGCAGCAUUUGAGCUGUGUCUUCGGGAAUACCUGCUGUUACACUUCACUGUGCUAUUGCCUCAGAAAGGGUGGGACGCUCUCAAAAGAUCGCAUGUUUUUGUCGUCCUGUAACUGCUCAAACACCUUAAGCCGACUGUCCACCUUGUACAAUCGUGGCCUCAAACAACGUUGAAUGUCCCGAAAGCGAGCGUGAAACCAAGGAGGGGGUGAUUAUCAGUCACGUUUCAGAUACUUCCACAGAACUGCAUGAAAUGAAUGCUUACCCACCAUCGACUGUGCGUACUGUAUGUUUUCAGAUUACCAGAUGUUUCUAUCUACUGUAUAUUCUAAUCAGUCUGUGACCAAGACUAACAAAACUAUCAAUGAAUGUGUGUCAUGAAUGUUCUCCUGAUUGUAAUGGGUAUACAGACUUGACUAUUGCUGCCAUUGUUGUGGUUUUUAUUUUAUUUUUUCAUUUUAUUAUGAUUCGAAUGCGUCCAACGGUGCGCACUUGUCUUUCGAAUGUCCUGUAGUGGAAUGCCUUUCCGUCAGGUUCUGUUGCGUCGUCAUUUGGCCGCCAUGUUGGGAGCAAACUGUGAUCAGACUGAUUUAGUCUUUUUGUUGUUGUUGUUUCCCAGGUGAUUCAGGAACACUUACAGUCUGGCCAACGUACAAUGUGAAGUGGAAAAGAGAAUGUGCAUACACAAAUCUAUCACCUCACAAAAACAUCAGAGGACCUCGUCUCCGUCUCUGCCGUUUGCAGUCGCUCUUCCUUUGAAAUGCAUGACACCUUUGCUGAAAACUCUCGGUUUUUCCAAACUUGGUUAUCAUCUGUUUAACCGGUUUUGGUUCUUAAGUCACUGCUUUUGAUGCCUAAAGUGAGAGGCUCACAGUAAUAUCUGCACACACUGCAACUUUCACAGCUCUGUUCUUCAAAGCUAUAUUCUUUACUCUCUCUUUUUUUUUUUUUCCAGUUGGGCUAAAUUUGGGGGCCACGUGACUAAAAUUGCUGCAUCAGCAGAAACCGACAUUUAUCUGCUAAGAUUGUACACUGUAAUAUUGAAUUUUGUUGGAGAACGCUAAGGACUGAUGGAAAACGUUCCUUUGGUUCCAGUCCUUUAUCUUUUGUCUCUGUUACAUUUGCUGGGAAAUGAAAGAAAAUGAAGGAAUGUACCUUUUAGUCAUGUCAAUAUGUAGUGAGGUUUCAUUCUUUAUUAGGAUAUCUGUACGUUACAUUCAUAAACAAGAUCGAUGGAGACGUUCUGUAUAUCAGCUCCGCAUUUUUUUUCACAUGCUUUGCCUCCUUUAGUUUUACGUCUUUAUAAAAUCAAUCAAUAAAAGUUUGAUUAAAAACAUAUUGUCCCUGCUGUUGAGAGAAAAAUAACAUUGCCUAAAUAAAUUCUCUUUUCAAAAUAGGUUCCUUAAACUUUUGCGUAAAGAAAACAUGCAUAAAAUGAAAUCAUAUUUUGCAAAAGAAACAUUAUGACCACAAACUUGUUGUGGUGUUUUUGCUGCCCUCUGGUGACCAGAAACGCCGACAACAAUCUCCGCAGCAAUGACUUACACAAACAGUGAUUCAAAUGAACUUUAUUUAUUUCAGCGUCCAGAUGUCAAAGGGCAUGCAAGUACAGG